AUGGUGGGCCCAGUGAAGGACCAGGAGGCCUUCCAGAGACUCAGCUUCCUGUACCAGGCUGCACAUUGCAUCCUCUCUGAGAACCCUGAGAACCAGGCACUGGCUAGGUUUUACUGCUACACAGAGAAGACCAUAGCAAAGCGGCUGGUCCUGCAGCAGGACCCCUCUGUGAAGAGGACACUCUGUUGCAGCUGGUCCUCUCUCCUCAUCCCAGGCCUCGCCUGCACACAAUGCCAGAGACGCCGAAAGGGACAGCGCUGGACAGUACACACCUGUCUGACAUGCCAGCAAAGCCAGCGGUUCCUCAGUGACCCCAAGCAUCUGCUCUGGGGUGACUGGCCUGAAGCCCAGCUGGAAAAUCAGGCAGAUUUCAAACCAUCAGAACCCAUGCCAAACACAGCCAGCCUCUCUAAGGAGAACAUGCAGACUCAGACUCAGGCUUUAAACACCAGUGAAUGA